UUUCAGACCAAUUCUUCUUAACUCUUCCUGAGAGAGAGAGAGAGAGAGAGGAAACAAGGAUAGAUAUAGAUUAUAGAGCUACAGAGAGAGUGUGUGCUAUUGUAACGAUGGGAGACGAAUUUCAGGCAGGGCUUUGCAGUGGAAACUGGUGGAAUCAAACUAAAAGCGCAUUGAGUGUGGGUUCAUGUUCUUCACCAUGUUCCACUGCACUCACUGAUAUAGGAAGCUUUGGAUGGGUAAAUGAAGCAAGAUCAUCCUGUGAAGAGACAACAGCUUCUGUUUCUGAUAGUUCCAUGGUUUUCCAACAAACCCAGAAGACACAACAAUCUUCAUCAGAUACUGUCGGUGCUGGUGGUGGUGGUGGUGGUGGCAUCUUGAUGGAUUCCACCUUACAAAUGGUGGGUUUUGGACCUUCAUCCCUCACCAUGGAUUGGAACCAAGCUUUACUUCGAGGUAGUGGGAGAAGUACAGAGACUAAUUUCAAUUCCAUGCUUCAAGAUGACUUAAGUUCAUCAAGACCUAAUUUUCGGACAGAAACGGUGAUGGAAUCUCCACCAAUUCAAGUCCAGAAGGAGUGGAGCCCCAAGAGUGGUGGUGGUGGUGAAGAUUCCAUCUUGAGCAGCCAGGCCAUACCCAGUGGUUUUCCUUCUUAUGCAUGCAAUUCACCAUCAUUAUUGCAAGGUUUAUUUGAUCCACCGGAGACCCAACUCAAUCAACAUCAAAGAUUCCCCUUUGAGACUCAUCGAUCCAUUAACAAUCCAUCUCCAAACUAUCGCAUUAACACCGAUGAAUUCUCAUCGUCGUUGCCAUCGCUGUCACCGUCUUGGCCUAAAUUCUCACCCUUCCUGAAAACUUCACAGCCAAAGCUGCACCAACCCUCUACUAAUCAGUUGCACUUCAACAACUCUCCUUUCUGGAAUGCGUCUGCAACUGCCAUGAAUGAUGCUCGAUCUGCCUUCUUCCCUUCACCGGAGACACAGUUUCUCACCCCAACGUUUGAGGUGAAACCCAAUUGCAGCAACAUCCUCACCACCACAAGGUCCGGCACAGAAGAAGUUCGUGAUUCAGGGUCAGUAAGAGUAAUGAAGAAAAGCUGCAAUGAAACUGCGUACAAAAGGCCUCGGAUUGAGACACCAUCGCCAUUACCAACUUUUAAGGUUCGGAAAGAGAAGUUGGGGGACCGAAUCACUGCACUCCAACAACUGGUUUCACCUUUUGGAAAGACUGAUACUGCAUCUGUGCUCUUAGAAGCCAUUGAGUACAUCAAGUUCCUCCAUGAUCAAGUCAACGUUUUAAGCACACCAUAUUUGAAGAAUGGAGCUCCCAUACAGCACCAACAGAGUUUGUCGAAGGAUGGUGAAGGAGCCAAACAAGAUCUUAAAAGCCGUGGACUAUGUCUGGUUCCAAUUCCAAACACCUUUCCAGUUACAAAUGAAACCGCAGCUGAUUUCUGGACUCCGACGUUUGGAGGAAGUUACAGGUAGAGAGGGAGAGACAAGCUAACGGAUGAGGUCGAUGACACCAGAACCCAAGUCAAGCUGGGAAUGAUAAGAUUCAGAUCACUCAAGGAAAUAAAUAAAUAAACUGUUGCUGCCAUCUUACUGUGUACUACAGUUCUAGUGAAGGAAGAAAAGCGAAACCCAAGAGAAAAGAGAGAGAGAGAGAGAAAGGGGGGGGGGUGAAGAUUAAAGAAAGGAGAGGAAAAGAGAGAGAAGAGGAAGUGACCCUUGAAGGACUGGCAAUGUUGGGGCAGCUAGGGGCAGAAUGAUGUAGGAUGGCCAAAGAUAAGGGACCAUUGGAAGAGAAUAUAGAGUUGUAAUAAUACAAGUACUACAAGAAGAGGUGGAUUAGGGAUGGGAACAAGUGCUAAAUUUGGUGGAAAUUUAGAUUAAAUUUAGGGAGGGGAAAGAUAUGCUGAAUUUAGCAGAAAAGGAAUGGGAUAAAGGGUAUUGUUCCUGUUUCUAUAAUAAUAUAAAUAUUGUUGUAUACCAUGGGGGCUGGCAUGGAACCACCUUUUAUUUUAAGUGAAAAAAAGAGAGAGAAAGGAAAAGAAAUUUAUAAGACA